UCUUUCAAAUCAGUUACUCCACACUUACUCUACUUUUCACCAUGUCUUUCACUGGGAAAUAUAUGCUGGAGAGUCAGGAGGGCUUUGUGGAGUUCAUGAAGGCCGUUGGUCUUCCUGAUGAUCUCAUUGAGAAAGGCAAAGAUAUCAAGAGCAUCUCCGAGAUCGAGCAGAAUGGAGAUCAGUUUAAAGUGACCGUGACGACUGGAUCCAAAGUUCUGACCAACACCUUCACGAUUGGACAAGAGGCUGAGAUUGAAAACCUGGCUGGAGAGAAAGUCAAGGCUGUUGUGACUAAAGAUGGCAACAAGCUGAAAGUCGUUCUGAACAGAGUCACAUCCAUCACAGAACUCGUGGAUGGCAACACAAUCGUCGAUACUUUGACUUUGGGCGACAUCGUCUACAAGAGAGUGAGCAAACGUGUGGCGUAGUUGCAAACAAGGAAAACUCAAACAUAAAGUGGAGAUUUUGUGUUCAGAAGAAAAACCCUGGGAAAGACAAAUCACAAAUGAGACAGCAAUUAAAGGGAGACUUUUGCUAAAGUCUCCUGAUGUUUCUCCUGAGAAAAAGACUCCUGUAAUCUCACGUGUGUCUCCAUUAGAGUUUCACAAGAGAUCUCAACAAUGUCAAGAAGGAAACAAAAGAAUAUUCCGGGUUCAAUUCUAGUUAAUCUCAAUCGACAGCAUUUGUGGCAUAAUGUUGAUUACCACAAAAAUGUAUUUCGACUUUUCUUUAAAAAAGCACAAAUGUGUGUUCCAGUAAGUCAAUGGGGUCAAUCUGUAAACAUUAAAAUACUCACUGUUUCAAAAGUAUAGACACAAGACAUAAACAAUAUGUGUGUUAACAUGAUUUUACUGUGAUAAAAUCACUUAUUAACCACAUCUGUGUGAUGUUAUAGACAAUUUUACAACUCUGUUGCCAUGACGACAUAAUGCCAUAAACCCUAAAACCCUAAAAUGACGGUAAAAUUAUGAUUUAAACAACUUUACAGCUCAUAUAAUACAUGAGUUUUAACAGUAGAAUGAAUGUAAGUGCUUUUAUAAAAUUACAAGCAUCACAUUUCCGCCUUUAAACCCUCCAAAAAUUGACCCCAUUGACUUCCAUUGUAAGUGUCUCACUGGAACACACAUUUGUGCUUUUUUAAAGAAAAGGAGGAACGAGUCGAAAUUAAUUGUUGUGGUAAUCAACAUUAUGACACAAAUGCUGUCGACUGAGAUUAACUUGUAUUGAACCCGGAAUAUUCCUUUAAAAAAAAAAAAAAAAAAAAAAUAAUAAAAUAAAAUAACUCACAAAAUUUGGUUUGAAUUCUCUUUAAACAAGACAAAAUAUCUCGUCAUUUUGCCUCUCAAGUAAAAAUAUCUUGUUUUAAGAA